AUGAGUUCUCAGAUUGAGAUCAAAAUCAGAGAUAUUUAUUCAAAAACAUAUAAAUUCAUGGCUGACCCACAGCAAACUAUUCUUGAUUUGAAGAAAUCUUUAUCAAAACUGAUUUUUCAACAACCAGCAAAUAUUAAAUUAUCAUUUCAUGGGAAAAUACUAAAAAACGAAAAGGUACUUGGUAAAAUAGAUCUAGGAAAUUCAGGUUAUUUGAUAUAUUCAUUAACAAAAUUACCUCAUCGCAAUAUUUCAUUUCCACCCCUGCGAGCAUUAGAAUUACGAGAUAUAAUAUUGGCAAAACUUGAAACAGAAGCAUCUACCCCAAGUAGUCCAAAUCCAAAAACUGAUAUUCGCGCUUUAUUUAAUCCACAAACCAAUCCAAUUCUUAAUCAAGUACUAUUAGCGAAGUCACCCGAAAAUGUAGCUAAGAGUGAUUUAGAAGUUAUUGAAAUUGUGGAAAAAUCAGAGAAUGAGGAAAUUGUUCCAGAAAGUCCAAAGCAAAAUGAAGCUGAGUUGCAAAUCCUAAGAGAAAAGCAAGAGCAGUAUGAACGAGAACAAGAAGCUGUUAAAUCUCAAGCAAUGAGUCAACUAUCUCCAGAUCAGAAUAAAUUCAUUAACAAGCUAUGUAGAAAUUUUGGAAUUGCCAAAGAUCAUGCUAUUGAGUUAUUAAUGUUGAAUAAUAUGGAUGAAACAGCAACGAUGAAAUUUAUAGCCAAUAAUGGACUACUACUUUUCUAG